CAGGCGUACAGUAACAUGACAGCAGCUAGCAAACAUCUCAUCUGCCUGCCUCAACGACGUUAUGGUUUCGCUAGCUGCGUGUUUUUUCUCCUGUUUUUGAUUCCUUUUUCCUCGGUUGCACGCAGCUUCAGCUUAGCAUGUGCGGCUCGAGCUGUUCAAUAAAUAGCCAGAUCGUCUGUCACGCUUGAAAUAUCGAAACCAGCGAUUGUUUGGACGUUUGGAGGCCGUGUGUUUUAUUUUAAAGCCUAUUUUCAACGCGUUUUUUUUCCAGCGACCAAUCGAGAUUUUUUAUUUCAUUUAAAUUUUUUUAUUUUUUUUUUAUUGCACAACACUAUUGCCUUCCACCUCGCUGGACGGGCAUAUCAAAAUUGACGGGUUUUUUUUUUAUUAAACCAAGAAGGAAUCGGGGUUGAAUGCUGUUUGUUUUCCAACCAGCAACCGACACAGCAGCACCAAAGCUCAAAUUAUUAUCAAAAAUAAUCACCAGCUGCUUAAAUAUACUUUUUUUGUGUGUCAAGCGGUGCAAUCUGGCAACCCGUGCCCUCCUCACAUCGAUCUGACUGAGCUGUCAAUCCAGUAUUUUUGCCUAUUUUUUUUCCUCCUGCUCUCUAGUUAACAGCGUUUGCUGUCAGUACCAGAGCCUAAAAUUGACCAAGUGCAGAACUAAAGCCGUGAGCUCUUAUCUGUUUGACAGCUCGUCUAUAAAAGUCUUCACCACUUACAUGCUUUCAGGAAGGGUUGCCAGAUCGUGCCAACCUGGACGGGUUUUCUUGCUCGUUUCGCGUUAACGUGCAAAAUCUCGUUUAACAUGAACAGGACUAGUUAACUAGUUACUUCUCGGCAGCUGAGGGACGUUUUUUAUUCGGUUUUAUCAUCCAGCUCUUUGGAAACCAGCGUGUUUGUUAUUAUUAUUAUUAUUAUUUUUUACUCUCCGUUGUUUUUGUACACGUUCCUGUUUUUUCUCAAAUACCAGCCCCGCAUCUAAACGUCUCCCUCGCUGCCUUAUGCAAGACAAAAACUGACUGGAUUUUUCUGGAGGAGGAAGAAGCGUGAAGGAACGAAAGGCUGCCGCUUGUUUUUUUUCCCCGCCGCCGCCGUUGUUUGUUUCUGACCCGGAUUGUCGUUUUUUUAAAAUCGCUUUUCGUUGCUUAAAAUGACGGCUAUCGAGAAACUGCAGAUGCUGAUCGAAGCGGCUGAAUAUCUCGACCGAAGAGAAAGAGAAGCGGAGCACGGCUAUGCCUCCAUGUUACCCUUCACCAGCAACAAAGAGAGGGACGGCUUGAAGAGGAAAAUCAAAAGCAAGAAGAACUGCAGCAGCAGAUCCACACACAACGAGAUGGAGAAGAACAGGAGGGCACAUUUACGGCUGUGUUUGGAGCGCUUAAAAUCCCUCGUGCCCUUAGGACCAGACUCGAACCGCCACACAACCCUCAGCCUCCUUAUGAGGGCCAAGGAACACAUCAAGAGGUUGGAGGACAGCGAGAGGAAGGCCCAGCACACUAUAGACCAGCUGCAGAGAGAACAGAGACACCUGCGCAGACGCCUGGAGCAGCUCGGGGUGGAGCGCAUACGCAUGGACAGCAUGGGCUCCACCAUCUCUUCAGACAAGUCUGACUCCGACCAAGAGGUGGAUGUUGACGUGGAAGGCACAGACUAUCUUCUGGGAGACCUGGAGUGGAGCAUGAGCAGCGUGAGCGACUCGGACGAGCGGGGAAGUUUGCGCAGCAGCUGCAGCGAUGAAGGCUACUCCAGCGCUAGUCUCCGUCGACUCGCUAACUCUCAGGACAAGAACCCCGCGCUGGCCUGCAGUCUAUAAGAGCACAGAGCGCCCGUUCAUCUCCACCGCUCCACACACAGCUCCUCCUCUCAUACUUGAACGCUGUUCUGACCCACGAGCUCGAGGGAAGCCGUCCGCUGACCAGACCUCACUGACCUCACCGCCUUCGUCCGAUCAGAUCGUCCCGGCCGCUUGCCUUCGACCCUUAAAGACCCGAUGAAGAACGUGUCUCUCAGAAGCGUCUGGACACCUGCUUUACGCACGAGUCUGAACAGAAAGCUCUCUUCUGCUCACAAAGCCUGUGCUUUUGAACCGAGAUGCAGCAAAAGCAGUCACAUUCUGAAAUACUUCUACUAUUUAAAAUAAAAUAUUUAAAUAUUUAAAAUUUCAUUUAAUUCAAAGCUGAAUAUUUUUUGCAUCAUUACUCCACUCCCAUGAUCCUUCAGAAAUCAUCUUUUUUAUUUAAUUA